UCAUCAGUAGACCAUCAUGUUGUCUUUUGUGUCUUUUUAGGGUCUCCUUGUUGUUCCCUCUGUCCGAGUCCCGACAAGGCCUUCUCAACAAGCGCACAAGUACAAAGCAAGAGUAAAUCGAUAGCAACGCGUGAACUCGAGACAAAGCACUGACACGUCGCGAACAAAUCUGCAAGAGCUCCCACAGAGCGGAUGGUAACAGAUUCCCAUGAAGACCAUGGAGACAAUUCUCAGGUAACUAGACAGCCUGAUCUAGCUCCCACAAGAUGCUAUUCAGUGUCUAAUAUAAACCUCGCUGAAGUAUCUUGCCAGUACAUUGCGACAGUUCAGCUUCUUCCCUCACAUCAUGGCUCGCCCUCAGGCAUCCUCGGAAUCAAAAAACGAUCAUCAGAAUGCUUCCUUGGUUCACGACCAUUCCACUACCAUUCUCCGUCGACGUCAACCCAUUGCGUCUAUCACCAGUGCUCAUGAAUUGGUGUACCUCGGGAUUAUUAUUGGCGCCACAAUCCUACUUUGCUACGUGGCUACCCUCAUUUUCCAACUCCUGAAGCCUCUCAGCGACUUAGUAUCUGGUGCUGGUACUGGCAUUGGCACCGCUUGUUCAAGAAUUGGCUUGGGCGUUGAAGCCAGCAUUGCUGGUGUGACGGCAGGUUUCACCGGCCUGCUCAGCGUAGUCGUACCCCCCAUGGUCAGCUUCAAGUGUUCUCUGAUCAACUGUGACCUUGCGAUGCCCUAUCUUCCCGAUGGCGGAUCAAAAAUGCUGUUCUUCCAUACGACAAAUUUAACAGCGCGUCUCAAAUAUGAAGCCAGGGAGAUUCUCAAUCUGAAUGGUCAUAUUCAGAGUCUCUCCAAGGGUGCCAUGCUAGAAGCCAUUAGUGAGAACUCUGCAACCUUCAGCGAUCUGUCUCGCAAAACCGCAUUCGAUUACCAUCUACCCGUCUCCCUUCGAAAAGCCACCUCAGACCGGUUUGCUAGCUUGGCCAAGUUAUCGCGCCAGCUAGAAUGCGCCUUCAUUGCAUUAAGACGUGCCGGGCAGAACACAAAGGCCACUUUUCUGAGAGAGAUGAACCAUCUCGAGCAUGUUCUGGACCCGAUUUGGAUUUUUCCAACGUUGUCUCGCGACAGAACUUUGAGAAAGCAGCUGGAAAGAAGUCAGGACUCCGUGGAUUCUACUCUUGACAAUCUGGAGAAGGCUGUCAAUGAAGCUAUGAACAUCGCGCAUCUGCUGAACGAUGAGCUCGAUCAUUUUGAUCAUUUUUUACGAGAUCAGAGCGAUCUGCUCGAAACGGAUCAGACACACGUGCAAAGGUUCCUGACAUUGAUGGGGUUUCCAAAGGGCCUACAGGAGAAUCAGGAGCGAAUGAUGUUCCUCAUAUUCAAUGUUCAUGAGGCCCAGGAGCAUUUCAUGGAUAUCGGAACCUGCUGCGCAAACAUAGGCUCAGCUUCUGGAGAACUGAAGGUUCGGAACUUCAAUGCUAUCUCACCGUCAAAUGUACCAGAUAAGGAUGAGGACAGUUCUCCGGUUGCCGUUCGAAAGGCCAUUCGGACGUACAUCCAGAAACUUGGGGAGGCGCCGGCCUAGGACAUUGCUUUUUACAUUAUCUGUCUUUAUGCUUUUUUUUUGCUGUCGUUUUAUCGUACGAGCACCAUGUGUUCGAGAAGCAAUAUAUUCCCC